UGCGCCUGCGACGCCAUGGCCAGGCUGACGGGCACCCGGCCCGUGGCCACCCGCCGCUGGGGCUGUGCCGCCGCCUUCCUCCUCCUCCUCUUCACCGUGCAAGCCGCCCAAAAAGCCGACUUUAGCGGGGACUCCACGGCGGCCACCAUCAACCACUCGCUGACGCUGCUGCAGCGGCUGCAGGAGCUGCUGCAGAACGGCAACGGCAGCGACUCGGUGCUGCGGGUCCGCUCGGCCGCCUCCGACGAGCCCAAGGUGUUCCACACGCACCAGCUGCUGCUGAGCCUGCAGAGCGAGGUCUUUGAGAGCCUCCUGCGCAACCAGAGCGCCGUGACCCUGUACGAGCCGCCCGAGACCGCCGCGCUCUUCGAGAAGUUCAUCAGGUACCUGUACUGUGGGGGGGUCUCCAUCCUGCUGCACCAGGCCAUCCCCAUGCACCAGCUGGCCAGCAAAUACCGGGUCUGGGGGCUGCAGCGUGGAGUGGCUGAAUACAUGAGGACCCACCUGGCCAGCGAGUCGAGCCAGGGCCACGUUGUGGGCUGGUACCACUACGCCGUGCGCGUCGGGGACGCGGCGCUGCAGGAGAGCUGCCUCCAGUUCCUGGCCUGGAACCUGUCCGCGGUGCUGGGCAGUGCCGAGUGGGGCUCGGUGAGCGUGGAGCUGCUGCUGCUGCUGCUGGAGCGCUCCGACCUGGUGCUGCACAGCGAGCUGGAGCUCUACACCGCCGUGGAGGGCUGGCUGAGCCGCCGGCAGCCCGAGGCGCCCGUGGCCGAGCGGGUGCUGCGCGCCAUCCGCUACCCCAUGAUCGCGCCCAGCCAGCUGUUCCGGCUGCAGGCGCAGUCGGCGGUGCUGGCGCGGCACCGCGCCGCGGUGCAGGACCUGCUCUUCCAGGCUUUCCAGUUCCACGCUGCCUCCCCGCUCCACUUCGCCAAGUACUUUGACGUCAACUGCAGCAUGUUCCUGCCCCGCAACUACCUCGCGCCCAGCUGGGGCUCCCAGUGGGUCAUCACCAACCCGGCGCGGGACGACCGCAGCACCAGCUUCCAGACCCAGCUGGGGCCCAGCAGCCACGACGCCGGCAAGAGGGUGACCUGGAACGUGCUGUUCUCGCCGCGCUGGCUGCCCGUCAGCCUGCGCCCCGUGUACUCGGACGCGGUGGCGGGCGCCAUCCAGCCCGUGCGCAUCGAGGACGGGCGCCCGCGCCUCGUCAUCACCCCGGCCAUGAGCAGCCCCGACUUUGCCGGCGUCAGCUUCCAGAAGACCGUGCUGGUGGGCGUGCGGCAGCAGGGCCGCGUGCUGGUCAAACACGCCUACAGCUUCCACCAGAGCUCGGAUGAGGCAGCCGACUUUCUAGUGCACGCCGACCUGCAGAAACGCACCUCCGAGUACCUCAUCGACAACUCUCUGCACCUGCACAUCAUCAUCAAGCCUGUCUACCACUCCCUCAUCAAGGUGAAGAAGUAACGAGGCGCAGUUUGUUCCUGCCAUGCUGGUGCCAGCACCAUGGGGGGAACGCUUGGUCCCGUAGGUAGAUGGGGGUCCCCUCGCUGGGGGGCUCCAGGACUGAGCUCUGCACUGCCCACCCCUCCCUGAGCGAUCCCCUACCACGUCCUGUCCCCAUCGCUGUCCCUGGGGAUGGAGGAUGCUGGGAGUACCCCAGACCCAUGUAGGGGGUGCAGGAGGUGAAAUGUGCAGCCCACGGGCACAUCACAGACCCCAGCGGGUGUGGGGAUGGGGACAGGGACAGCACAUCCUUCCCGUGGGGCAGCCCCGGGGUCCCUCUGUGUGGGCAGCUGGGUCCAGCUCAGGAGCAGAGCUGCCCAGUCUGGGGGUGAGGGGCCCAUCAGCCUCCCCCGGUGGAGGAGGGGUGGGGGGCACCGUCCCCACUGGCAGUGGC